UAAUUAAUCCUAAACUGUCUCUAAUCUCUUCCUUGGUAAGAAACUGUUACCUCCCACUUUUUGUUUUGCUGUGUUAACCUUUGUAUCUGUGUGAAGGAUGGAUACACAGUGUCAUAGUGGAUGAACAGAAUGGGGUUUAAAUCAGAAGACCAUGUUAUCUCAUCAUCUCGGUGGAUGCUGUGUUUUAUAGAGACGUGUUUUCUACCUUCAGACAUUAUGAGUGGUUGCAGAUGAUACUUUGAAUCCUCUAAUGGAGCUGCAAAGGAAAAGGCGAACAAUGCGCCCAACAGGUCCUCCUGAUGGAGGCUAUGGGUGGUUUAUUGUACUCUCCACCUUCCUCGUCUUUGGGCUGACAUUUGGUGUGAUCAAAUCAUUUGGUGUGUUUUUCGUUGAGAUCCACCACUACUUUGCUACCACAGUGACUGCAAGCUCAUGGAUCACAUCUAUCGCUGUGGCAACUCUACAUUUUGGGGCCCCCAUAGGCUCAGCGCUGAGCGCAUACUUCAGUCACAGGUGUGUGGUGAUAGUAGGUGGUCUGCUAAGCAGCAUAGGGAUGGUGGCGGGGUCACGUGCACAGGAUCUGAUGCAGCUGUACAUCACUGUGGGGUUUCUUACAGGAUUCGGCUAUGCCCUGACUUGGACUCCUACCGUCACCAUGCUCGGCUGGUACUUUGAAAAGCGGCGGCCGGUGGCCAACGCUCUUGCCAGCACAGGAGAAUGCAUUCUGACCUUCAUCCUAACUCCAUCCUUUCAAUUCCUCGUUGACCAGUUUUCCUGGAGGGGAGCGAUGCUUAUCCUUGGGGCUCUGCAGCUUAACCUUUGCGUGUGUGGAGCUCUGCUUAGGCCACUUGACAGAGAGGUUCCCGCUAAAGAGCUUGCAGCAAACGGGAAAGAUUUAGAGCUGGAGACGUUGUCUCAGACUUACACUAGGAAGAUCUCAGCUAACAGGCCAAGCCCAGAACAAAACUCCGAAUUGCUAAAAACUAAAAUCAUUCGCUACGUGGACUACACACUUAUCGCUAACGGUCGCUUUAUGGUCUACUCCAUGUUUGGUGUCUUCGCCGCACUUGGCUUCUUUGCUCCAUCGCUGUUCCUGGUACCAUACGCACGUAGCAAGGGAGUGGAGGAGUACCAAGCGGCCUCUCUCAUGUCCAUCUCCUCGGCGCUGGACCUAUCGGGCCGGUUGAUUUUCGGAUGGGUGGCUAAUCUGCGUUUGGUGAAGACGAUCCAUCAGUUGUUCGUUUCUGUGAUCCUUCUGGCUGUUAUUCUAUUGCUCUGCCCGCUAGCUGCCACUUUCACCCACCUUGCGCUGUUCAGCGCCAGUUACGGGUUGGUGUUUGGAGCGACAGUGGCUAUUCACAUCACCGUACUUGCAGAAGUAGUCGGAGUGGAGAAGCUGGGAAGCGCUCUGGGGUUUUUUAUGCUCAUCCGCAGCAGCGGAGGCCUUCUUGGACCACCACUGGCAGGAAUCUUUAUAGAUGAAAUGAAUGACUAUGGUGUUGGUUUCCUGAUGGCGGGCGUGGCUCUCAUCGUCUCCGCCCUCUUUUUACUUCUGUUACAUCAAAUGAACAAGAAAGGACAGCACAAGAGAAAGGACAGUGCCAUGGAGAACGAGAGUAGAAAAGUGGACAUCUGAAGUUGAAAGUAAGAAGUUGUUAAAGCAGCUCUUUUGAUCUGCUCAGUAUUUGAAGUAGUCCCAACAUUUAUUUAACCCACUUUUAUCUCUUUUGUGCGAUAUGAACGCAUGCUUCACCACGAAUGUUGUCAUGAUACCGUUAAAUAUGAUUAUCAUCACUCGAAACUAAAGUAAAUAGACCGUUCUCACUUAAAUGAUGCUUUUAAUGGAUUAUAGAAAGCCUUAAUCUCAUAAUGAUGCAAAGCAAUCAUAUUUCAUCAGAUCUAUUGCUGUAGUAAGUUUAAAAAAUGGCCACGGCCUUAAUGGAUUAAUGGAAGCUGAAUCGGGGUUUAACAGAUGCCAAAGAUGAUGCAUUCAAUCAAACUAGCUGCUGAUAUUGCUUAUCUAUUAAAAUGGUAUGAAGCUGCAGGCAUUUGAAUUUUUUGUUUGUCUGCCUAAAAUUACACAAAGUGUACACAAAUUUGUGUAUUUUGUUUAAAGGCUUGGCCACAGGUGAUGCAUCAGUUUUAAAAAAAUGUUCUCAAUGGUCUCCCUCUACUGGUGAUAUAGGGGAAGUGUAGGAUGGGGCACAAACUAAAGUGGUUUUAAAUGACUUUGGAGAAAGAUAAAUAGCAUGAAAUAAAAAAUGGGGAUUUCAGAACGUACUGCAUGUGUAUUAUAAGAAUGUCUACUAUAGGGAUAAACUUUUUUACUUUAUUAACUUUUUGUAUUUUUUAUACAGGAUUCAGCUUUUUUCUCUUCAGUUUGAAGCCAUGUUGGCACAUCAUGACACAGAUAGCAAUGUGAUUAUUGGGUUUAGAUAACACAUUGAUAUAGAGAUAGCAAAGUCUGUUAUGUAGACCAUAAAAGAUAUCAAAGCAUAUUUCUGAUCCAGUCUUUUCUGGAAGUAAUAUCUCUUCCUAACAUCUGCACUUUGAUGUUGUUUUAUGCAUGCUGGUCUGUGUGGAUCCUCCCCGAAGAAUGAAUUUCCUAACUGGAAAUAACCAAAAUGAAUACAAAUGUACAUACGUCCUAUAAAUCUGAAAAGAAAAAAAAACGUUACAAGACAGAGAGCAUCUUUGUAAACAUAACUCUUGGAGUCACCAACAGUUCAUACAUUUAAAUCUUUCUCCCACUUAUCUUGACCAGCACCAUGAUGCAUACAGUAUCAUCAAAAAGAUGUUUGCUUUUCAAGGAGGCCACCUACCAUCAGAUGAGGGAUGUAAAAUCAAAGCUUCACACUGUCCGCCCCCCAUUUCCGUCCUCCAAAGUCACAACAUCAAUCAGGAUUUAAAGCGGACUGUCUUUUGAAUACCAUUCAUUCCUGUUAACACCCCCUGCUAUUACAAACACUAUAUUCAGUUAAACAUCUAUUACAGCUCCAACACCUGAUUUGUGAAAUAAACUACAGAGGGAUUAUAAAACACAACAGAUUGGAUUUUAGGAUGUUUUGGAUUAAAGGCUUCAGUCUGGCCUUUAUGUUAGUUUUUAUUAUAGCAUUAAAUGAAUACGUAUGUGAAUAAAUGUUUGUUUUUUUGCUAUAUAAACAAAAUAUUAUUAUAGGUAUGUUUCUAUACAUUUAAUAAUGAUUAUUAAAUGACUAAGGGGUGGUUUCCCGGACAGGGCUUAUUCUAGUCCCAGCAUGUUUGAGCGGCUUUAAUUUUAAAACGGCUUUCCGUGACAUAUAUAUUUUAACAUAUAUCAGUGCUAUUGUUUUGUUUCAGAAUGCACACCAGUAUUGUUUUUUGUAAGGUAUGAUUAUAAACUACUUUAAUGUCCUAAAAAAGUAAGGCAUAGUCCUGGAUUAAUACUAACCCUGGGGAAACUGCCCCUAAAAGUAUGUAGAUACAUGUUUUAUGCUAAAUAAACUAAAUAACAUCAUAAGUAUGUUUUACAGUUAAUUAUGAUUAUUAAAUUAUGAAACUUAUAGGAAUAAAUGAAGAGUGCAAA